GUGCACAAAUUUGAAAAUUUUACAAAAUGGGAGAAAUAACGCAUAAUUUGAAAAGUCUCCAAAACCCAAACUACACUGAUGACCUUUUAUGUGUGUGUGUUUCGUGUGGGUCGGGGUGGGACAAGUUAAUAUGCUCUUUUCUUCCCGACAGAAAGAUUCAGUACGCUUUAGGAGUUCCUCAGAGACGGACGCCUUCCGGAAGCGAGCCGGAAUUAGUGGUCACAGAGCCACAGAGAAGACAGUGAGGAUAAGUGGCAGCAGAUUGUGCCAAGUGUCCGCGAACGAGACGGAAUUCAGCGGCAGGGAACGCCUCCCUGGAUGUCAGGAAGGGCCCCUGAGUGCGCCCCACAGCGUCACCUUGUGUGUUAGAGGGCCUCCCGGAGGACGGUGUGUAGCUGAAGACCCUCCGGAUCAGCAAAUGGCCGUAGAGUUGUCAAUUGGCUCUGCGCUGCCGGCCCAUGGGACAAUGGAGGAGUCGCCAAGAGCUCUUCGCGCUUUGCACCUCAAGGACUCUGCAAAGUCGCCGGAAAGGAAUGGCUUCGCCAUGCUGAAGCCACCAGUAGAGUUGCUUUUACGCUCUACCACAUCCUGUCCCGAAGGAAGUCACGAGAGCUCGUCAAUUAGCUCUCCUUCAUCAGCGUCCGGAGACGCAAGAAGAGUUGUCAUUUGGCUCUUCCCGUUGCUGUGGAAAGGAAAUGGGAAAAGGCAUCCCAUACAUGCAAUCAUCCCCUUCCGGAAGAUCGUGAUAGAACGACGAGAGACGCCGUCGCUGAGAGAUAUGCUGUAAAAGAAGAACCCCUGUACACAAGAAAAGGUCAAAUAAACCCUGGACUACCAGGAUAGAACCUUAUAAAUGGCGCCCAACCAGCGGUGGAACCAGAAAGAUUCAGUACGCUUUAGGAGUUCCUCAGAGACGGACGCCUUCCGGAAGCGAGCCGGAAUUAGUGGUCACAGAGCCACAGAGAAGACAGUGAGGAUAAGUGGCAGCAGAUUGUGCCAAGUGUCCGCGAACGAGACGGAAUUCAGCGGCAGGGAACGCCUCCCUGGAUGUCAGGAAGGGCCCCUGAGUGCGCCCCACAGCGUCACCUUGUGUGUUAGAGGGCCUCCCGGAGGACGGUGUGUAGCUGAAGACCCUCCGGAUCAGCAAAUGGCCGUAGAGUUGUCAAUUGGCUCUGCGCUGCCGGCCCAUGGGACAAUGGAGGAGUCGCCAAGAGCUCUUCGCGCUUUGCACCUCAAGGACUCUGCAAAGUCGCCGGAAAGGAAUGGCUUCGCCAUGCUGAAGCCACCAGUAGAGUUGCUUUUACGCUCUACCACAUCCUGUCCCGAAGGAAGUCACGAGAGCUCGUCAAUUAGCUCUCCUUCAUCAGCGUCCGGAGACGCAAGAAGAGUUGUCAUUUGGCUCUUCCCGUUGCUGUGGAAAGGAAAUGGGAAAAGGCAUCCCAUACAUGCAAUCAUCCCCUUCCGGAAGAUCGUGAUAGAACGACGAGAGACGCCGUCGCUGAGAGAUAUGCUGUAAAAGAAGAACCCCUGUACACAAGAAAAGGUCAAAUAAACCCUGGACUACCAGGAUAGAACCUUA